AUGAGUAAUUAGGACAGUGAACCAGAAAUCGAUAACUCAGAUUUAGAAGGAAAUUCAAGAAGCUAAUCAUCUUUUGGCGAUGCAAUAGAAGACUAAGAGGAUGAAUUAGGUUCCUCUGAAUCUGGAGGUAAUUAAAUCAUUUUAAAUAAACUCUUAGAAUAAAAAUCUGUGACUUCAGAUUCAAGUGAAGAUGAAGAAUAAAAUGAAAUAAUAAGGACAGGGGCUAUGAUAUAAUAGAGCAAAGGGAGGAAAAUAAAUAAGAAUGAAAGAAUUACUCCUCCAUUUAUAACAAAAUAUGAGCUUGCCAGAGUUAUUGGAACAAGAGCCUUGUAAAUAAGCAAAAACAGUCCUAUUUAUGUGGAUCCAAGUAUUUUAAUAUGAAUAUCUUAUAUAGAGGAUUCAAUAGACCCAAUAACCAUAGCUGAAUAAGAAUUUAAUGAGAAUAAAAUUCCAUUCAUUAUUAGAAGGUAUUUACCAAAUGGAAACUUUGAAGAUUGGGAACUUUAAGAAUUAGAACGCUUGGACUGACUU